CAACUUGAAGAAUUUCAUUUGGACGUAUAUGAAGUUGUCUUGAAAAUGGGAGUAGGAAGUUCGACAGCUUCAGGAAAACUUGAGAAAGCUUUAGAAACGGAAUUACCUGAUGACGAACGAUAUUUUGGUUUGGAGAACUUUGGAAACACUUGCUAUUGCAGUUCUGUAUUGCAAGCUCUGUAUUUUUGCAAACCUUUUAGGGAACGCGUUUUAGCUUAUAAAAAAGAACUACUGAAGCGACAACAAGAGCUAGAAAGUAACGGAAUUUCGGAACCAAACCCAGGGUCUUCUAUGAAUGGAACUGCAACAAACCAUGUUUCCUCUGCCUAUUCUUUUAAAAAUGCCUUUAAAGGAAUGGGUAGUGCAGUUGGGCUUAAUUCAAAAAAGUCUAGAGGCAGCUCUGAGGAGCAACGAUCAGAAGCUAUGUUGCCAAGAUCCAGUGUCAGCACGAGAAUCUCUAAGGGCUCUGUAGGAUAUGACAAAGAAAAUUUAUUGACGUGUUUAGCAGACUUGUUUUACCAAAUCAAUACUCAAAGGAAGCGUAUAGGUUCAAUUGCUCCCAAGAAAUUCAUCGAAAGAUUGCGAAAAGACAAUCAGUUAUUUAGUGGUUGUAUGCAUCAAGACGCGCAUGAAUUUUUAAACUUUAUUUUAAACGAAAUAGUCGAGAUACUUCAAAGAGAAGAGGAAGCUAAGAAGCAGAAAAUAACCAAGAAAGGGAGAAACAGCCUAGAUAAGACCGAUGAGGGGUCGGAUUCACCUCGUACUUGGGUUCAUGACUUGUUUGAAGGUCUAUUAACCAAUGAAGUUCGUUGUCUUAGUUGUGAAAAUGUAACGCAACGUGUAGAAUCCUUUUUUGACCUUAGUGUUGAUAUUGACCAGAAUUCAUCUAUUACGAGUUGUUUGCGCAACUUUUGUUCGACUGAACUACUAACAAAGCAUGACAAGUUCUUUUGUGAUGCUUGUUGUUCAUUACAAGAAGCAGAAAGGUCUGUUCGAAUCAAGAAGCUUCCAUAUAUUCUCGCUCUUCAUCUAAAACGCUUUAAAUUUAUGGAACAAUAUCAACGCUAUAAAAAGUUAUCCUAUAGAGUUGUGUUUCCUCUGCAACUUCGUCUUUUUAAUGUUAGUGAAGAUGCGGAAGAUCCUGACCGUUUAUAUUCUCUUGUUGCAGUUGUUAUUCAUGUAGGAAGUGGUCCUAAUCACGGACAUUAUGUUUGUUUGAUUAAAAGCUAUGGUCGGUGGAUUCUGUUUGAUGAUGAGUGUGUAGAACUCAAGGAUGAAAAUGACUUGGAAGCAGUUUUCGGUAGUUCGUUUGAAAUGGGUCCCAGUUCUGAUGCAGGAUAUAUAUUAUUCUACGAGACAGUUCCUGUGAAUAUGAGAUAAUGAAACUUAUGUAAUACUGUAAGAAAGAAAAUGGUAACUAUUGAAAUAAUUUUCUCUUUUAUGGGAAAAGCCUAUUGGGAGAUCCACUUAGUAUUUGGCUUGGGAGAAAAGUAUAAACUGGAAUAGUAACCAAGCCUUUCACUCUAUAAAAUAUUCUGUUUGAAC